UAUUACCUCUUAGGAGGUAAAGCUUUACUAUGGUAUAUAACUGACUGAUAGACCCCCUGACCAACGGCCUACUCGAAGUUUGUGGCGAACUUGGCAUUCUAGUUCUUGCUUAUUCACCCCUCGGACAAGGUUUCCUCGGAGGCAAGAUCAAGCCUGUCGAGGAUCUUCCAGAGAAUGACAUGCGUGCCAAGAUCCACCCACGCUGGCAAGGCGACAACUUCCGCAAGAAUGCCCAGCUAGUUGAUGAUAUCGAAGCCCUUGCAAAGAAGAAGGGAUGCACAGUGAGCCAGAUCGCCAUCAACUGGCUCUUAUCACUCUCUCGUCGCCCGGGGAUGUCUACGAUCGUGCCCAUCCCUGGCUCUACCAAGCCCGACCGUAUCCGAGAGAACGCGACAAUCAUCGAUCUUACAGACGAGGACUUGCGCGAUAUCGACAGGCUACUUGCAUCUUUUACGCCUGCCGGUGACAGAUAUCCUCCUCAACACAUGAAAUACGUCAGUGCUUAGGAACAAGUAUUGCCGAAUAGGAUUAUGGUGCAGAUUGGAGGCGACAGAUCGGGUAGUAUUGGCUGUGUAUUUUGUAAACCAGUUAAACACCAUCGUUUCAGCCUGCUAGACAAGGAGCUGCCUCCGAGACUUGGCUUGGCCCAACAUAUUUGCCUGUUGUACAAAGUUGGGUGUGGAUAAGAGGGGAUUGGAGAUAGAAGACGUUUUGAAAGUAGUAUAUUUUUGUAAAUGCAUUCAUAUAAUCAGUCAUAAAGUCAUGA